AUGGCUUCGGGAACAGCACUGAUUUAUGAUGAGGAGAUGACCACUCACAAGCUACUUUGGAGUGAUCCUGUUUGUGAUAUUGAAGUGCCAGAAAGGCUGUCCUCCUCCUAUGAGCAGCUUAAGUGUUACCAUUUGGUGGAAAGAUGUGUCCAUGUGCCUGCCAGAGAAGGAAGCGAGGAGGAGAUCCUCUUAGUUCACAGUUCAGAACAUUUGGAAGUGGCAAAAAGCACCCAAACAAUGAAUGAAGAGGAACUGAAAAAAGUCUCUGGAAAUUAUGAUGCUUUCUUCUUUCAUCCGAACACUUACCGCUGUGCCAGACUAGCGGUAGGAGCGACUUUGCAGCUGGUGGAUGCUGUGAUGUCAGGAAUAGUGUGCAAUGGAAUGGCAUUAGUAAGACCUCCAGGUCACCACAGCCAGAGAAAUGCAGCUAAUGGAUUCUGUUUGUUCAACAAUGUUGCUAUUGCAGCAGAACAUGCAAAACUGAAAUAUGGUCUACAGAGAAUCCUAAUUGUUGACUGGGAUGUGCACCAUGGGCAAGGAACUCAGUAUAUAUUUGAAGAGGAUCCAAGUGUUUUGUAUUUUUCCUGGCAUCGCUAUGAACAUCAGGAAUUCUGGCCAUCGCUCAAAGAAUCUGAUUAUGAUGCUGUGGGUCUCGGAAAAGGAAAAGGUUUUAACAUAAAUUUGCCUUGGAAUAAGGUUGGGAUGGGAAAUUCAGAUUAUCUUGCUGCAUUUUUCCAUGUGUUGCUUCCAAUGGCCUUUGAGUUUGAUCCUGAAUUGGUCAUUGUCUCCUCUGGAUAUGAUUCUGGAAUUGGUGACCCUGAAGGUCAGAUGAAUGCCACUCCCGAGGUUUUUGCCCACCUUACCCAUUUCCUGAUGCAGUUGGCUAAUGGCAAGUUGUGUGUCAUCCUAGAGGGUGGAUACCACUUAAAGUCAUUGUCUGAAUCCGUCUGCAUGACUGUGAAAACUUUGCUUGGAGAUCCUGUACUUCAAAUAACUGGAGAAAUGGCACCUUGCCUAAGUGCUGUUGAAUCUAUUCAAAAUGUGAGAGCAGCACAUAAACCUUACUGGAAGUGGUUGAUGUAUGAAGUGCCUCCCAUCAAAACAGCAACAACAAUUGACUCUAAAGAUUCAGCACAUUUGCUCCCUGGACCUGUUCAUUUGGUGAAGGAAAUGGACAAAACUGAAACAAAAGCUCUUGUCAGCGGCUUUUACACAGACCUUGUGAAAGAGGACAAAACUCUCAUCUCUCUUGGCAGUGUGUUGGCUGUCCUAGAUAAAAUACUUAAGAAGGAGGUAUGCAAUGGAAUUGCAGUAUCCCCCACUGCUGAGUCUGUUGCUGUUGCACUAAGACAUUCUGUUCGGUUUGGAUUUCAAAGAGUGCUUUGUAUAUUUGUUGGAGACGUGCAAAUCAUACCGAACACAGAAGAUGGAAAAAUACUCAUGAUACAUAUUUGUGAGAAAGAGCAGUCUGGAAAGCCCAGCUCCAAACACUAUAUUUCUCUAAACUGGAAAGAGGAUGCCAAAGGAAAUGACUUCUUCUCUGCUGUACUUGGAGUCAUUCUUCCUGUAGCAUACAGUUACCAACCGAACUUGACAGUAAUAGCUGUUGGACCAAACAGGAGCCUUGGAAUAAGUGGGAUAUCUCUGCUUUUUGCUUUGCUACAAGGAUUAGCUGAGUCUCGCAUUUUUGCAGUGAUCGAGGAUACGGAGAUAAACUUAAUACAAAGUGUAGCCAAAGCAUUAGCAGGUACUUCUACGCCUCACUUUGGAGUUUUUGUACCUCCUACCCAGGAAAAAGUAAAUAAAAUAAAAAUAUUAAGUUUUCAGGAAUGGAAAAUGCUUCAGUGUUCAGUGAAGGAUGGGAUUUCAAGAAAUUGA